UUCUCAGGCAUGAAAAUAAAGAUCUUCUAUAUGCAAAUUGUCAUUAGGAAACAUAGAGAAGAGAAGGGAAAUCUCUGAAGUCGCACCAUUCUGAACAUACAAAUAAAGGAAGCUGUACUCAAGGCUUUUAAAAGUUUCAAGAAUGAUGAAAUUUCAUUAAGGACUGGAAUUUGUGAAACGAUUGUUCCAACUGAACAAGAAAUGCUUUUGCGUUGUUCUUUUAAGGACUUUUCUGAAAAUGGAUAAGAAAAUGUUUGCUGACAAUGCAAUGGUUGAAGGUUUGAUCAGCAAUCCUAAAUGAAAAUUUGUUCUCUACCACAGCAUUCUAUAUUAUUUCUCUUGUGCAUUAAAAGCAGAUCUGUUUGCUAAGAAGACUUCAUGCUCAUAGUCAUUUAUUUGCUGAACUGUUAAGAUGCAAAAAUUAUUCAUCUGAAAGUUUUGAUGUAAAAAGGAAUUGAUGCUACCAGUACACCUCCCUUCUGAGAUAGUUCUCUGAAAAUUCCUUUGGAAACUUGCAGAGAUUUAAAUUAUGAAGUUUGUUGUAUAUUUCAGAUGAUAAUAAUUUAAUCUUGCAAGUAAAGAAUAUAUAAUCACCAUUUUAUAUGAUUUGAAUACCUUAUAAAUUAGUGCAAAUCAUAUCCGUUAUAUAGUUUUAAAAAGUAUUAGCUCUGACAAGAAGAAAAUGAAUUUUAGUGAAUCAUAUUUUAUCCAGACAUUGAUAAAUGACUAUGUAAAUAUCACAUUUACGUUAAAACAACAGUCAUAUCUGAAUGUAGCUAUACAUAUAUGUCAUAAUAGAAACUUUAAAAACUGCAUUUUCUCCCCAGAACUAGAAAUUACAGACACUAGUUCUCCUUAUCAGGUGAGAGAAAAAUGGGAGCUAUUUCUUAAUAUGCAUGCAAAAGAAGUAUGCAAGACACUUUGCCUCCCACCGGGUAUGGAUCAAGAAUUAAUUUAUUUUAUCCGAUGGGUAGCGAUGCAUUUAAUUAUUUGGUGUGGAGAAUGGAAAAGAGAAUUUGAGAUUCCUUGGGAUAUAACUUCACUUUUCUGGAUGCCAUCAGACUGGAUAGGUGAUCGAUUAAAUGAAGAGAAAAUAGCUGAACGUCUAAUGAAUGACGAUCGAUUAACAGUUGAUCAACGUUACAAAUUGGCUUGUAAUUAUUGUUUAGUAGAAUACAUUCGUCCUUUAUGGAAUGAACUUCCAUCAGUACUGAAAAAUUUUUAUGUUGAAUUUAAUUUGCCUUACUUUCCAACUCCAUCGUUAGUUCAUAUAUGGUCUCAAAAGAUUACCGAUUGCCAGUCAUAUGUAAAUGAUGAGGAAUUUUUUAAAGACAUAUUUUUAAGUGCAGCAGAGCAUGGUCCAUUUGUUGCAGUCAGGUUUUCCUGGAAUAAACUGAAUGAAAAACCUUCGUAUGAAGACCUUUAUAAUCAAGCAUUGUGGACUACAUCAAAAACUAUUACAUUUCAAAUUUUGCCUUUCAUGGAUGAUUUAAGUAUAUUAUUACCCCCGUCAAUAACAAAAGGUGAUUUUUAUUGCUUUAUUCUAGCACAAAUGUCUAAAGAGAAUGAAGAAAUGUUUGCAGCUGGUGAAUUUGUGGUGCAGUCUUUUAUAGAAUGGCCUUGUAAAGCAUUUUGUAGGAUGGGCUUGUAGCAUUUUGUUGGACAUUGGUUUAUAUGCUUGAAAGCAUUCACAUGAUUAACUAUAUUUAGCUUGCAGAUAUGAACAUAUAUUGUUCUUGUUCAUAGGUGAAAGAAAAAGCCUCUGUUAUUAAUGACAUAAAUACAGAUUGAAGCAACAUUCUCACAUAUUUGCAUUAAAAUGAGUAGUUUAUAAUGUAAAGAAAAUAGUAAAAA